AUGAGUGUCGCCAAGCCGCGGCGGAUAGGCUUAUAUCAAUUGGGCGACCUCUUGGGGCGGGGGUCGGCAGGAACGGUGUACCGUGGCCUGAAUUGGCGGACAGGCGAGGUGGUGGCAGUGAAGCAGUUCCACAUUGACGGGUUUGCAUCGACGUCGGACGCGGAGGGGGCAUUGAAGGAGAUAGACAUGCUGAAGAGCCUGCGACACGCCAACAUAGUGAAGUACGUCGGGUACGAGCAGUCGGAGAACGAGCUGAGCAUCGUGCUGGAAUACUGCGAGGGCGGGUCAUUGCAGCACCUACUGCGCAAGUUCGGGAAGCUGCCGGAGAACCUGGUGGGGGUUUAUGUGGCACAGAUUCUGUCUGGGCUGAUAUACUUGCAUGACAAUGCGGUGGUGCACCGGGACAUCAAGCCGGCGAACCUGCUGACGACCAAGGAGGGGAAGGUGAAGCUGGCGGACUUUGGCGUGGCGCGGUUCCACAACGGCAAUGCGACGGUGGUUGGGUCGCCGUACUGGAUUGCGCCAGAGGUCAUUCAGCUGAACGGGGCGACGGCCGCGUCGGAUAUCUGGAGCCUGGGGUGCACGAUCAUCCAGCUAGUGGACGGCAAGGCACCGUACGAGGACCUACCGCCCAUCAGCGCAAUCUUCAAAAUCGGCAACGACGAGCACCCGCCGUACCCGUCCAACAUCUCGCAGGCAAGUAUUGAUUUCUUGUCGAAAUGCCUUAAUCGGGCGCCCGACGGACGGUCGUCGGCACGGGAGCUGGCCAACCACCAGUGGAUCCGUACAUUUCCGACUGGCACGUAG